GAAAAUACUUUAGAUCACAAAUGGAAUUCAAUAAGCUUUUUGGGUUUCUUGGAAUCUUGAAGAAAUCAAUCAAGAUUAUGUUAAAAAAUGGUAGACUUCUAGCAAUUGUAACCUCGAUCUACCUGAUCAUCGCUCCCGUUUUCUACGUGUGGAACAUAUCUACGAUCAAACCUAUCAUAUUUGAUUUCAGCACGAAAUCUAUUCAGUUAGCGUCUCUAGAUCCACGGGGCCUUCCUUUUUCACAGGAUCUAGCUAGCAUCCUAAAAGAUAUCAAAGUCUUGUUAGGCAUCGAACUCGCUUUCCUUCUAGCCCUCUUCUUGACAUCUCUUUUCGCCCAAACUGCAAUCAUUUUUCUAACCGAAGCUUCUUACAAAAGCAAGAAAAUCUAUGUGAAUGAUUUGAUGGUAAGGGUGCCACGGUCUUCAACAAGGCUAUUCAUCACUUGUUUUCAUGUAGCACUUCUCCGAGUCGGCUAUAUUUACUUCGGUUUUGUCACGUUAAUGGUUCCUACCAUAAUGUUUUCCGGGCACAAGAUUGUGUCAAAGGUGAUACUAUGGGUUCUAAUGAUCUUUCUCGUGAUCCUCUACCUAUAUUUGUCGGUUGUCUGGCUCAUGUCCUCGGUGAUCUCGGUGCUAGAAGAGUGUUCCGGAAUCGAGGCAUUAGGAAAAGCUGGGAAGCUUGUUAAAGGCAACAAGUUGGAAGGGUUUUCUCUGAACCUUAUGUUCAACCUUCUAGCAUAUGCUUUCUAUCAUGUGUUAUCAAAGAGAAGCGCCGGGAUACGAACCGAGUUGACUCAGGCCUUCCUUCAGUUCUUUCUCAUGAGUUGUAUUUGUUUGUUAGUUGUGUUGGAGUUACAGGCAUACGCAGUUUUCUACUUCGAGUGCAAGAAGAGUCAUGGUGAAGAGAUUGAGCUACAAGGUAGUGUCGAGUAUAGUAAAAUAUCUAAUAUGCCCCUUGUAAUUGGUGAAGAUCUUGCAUAAAAUUUACUGAUUUGGUGUAUCUUUAAACCCCUAUUGUGAUGAAUCCAAGUAUCUUAGCAUUCUUAUUCGUCUUUUGUUUGUAAUGUACAUGAA